CAACUCCCAGGUUUAAAAAAAAAGUAAAAUUGUUAGCAAAAAACAGAGCCUUGGCGUUUUCUGGCCCUACAAGGCCUAGGGACGUACUUUUGAUAAUCCGGAAUCUACCAUGUCUAGUCGUAGACUCACGUGCAGAAAUUGCCUUUGUUCAUGUACUGCACCGUCUCCUCAUCCCAUGUAUGUGCAUACAUCCAUCUAGACCAUCAACACGCACAUGUGUGUAUACACGCGAUACCCGCACUACCCACAUCUUUCGCAUCUGGCGCAUCUAGCGCAUCCGACAUCUUCGCAUCUCCGCUGCCCCCUCCGCCCCUCCGCUCUCCUCCGCCAAACCCAUACCCAUACCCAUACCCAUCUGACUAAUACCCUCCUUACGUCCGUAUGCCUACCCUCUCUCUUUCUCUCUUUCUCUUUCUUCCCUGAUCCUUACCCUGGUCUGUCAAAACAGGCAGGCAGCCCACGCACGCACACACGCACGCACGCACGGCUCGCGUUUCACACCAGCGAAACGCUCGCUCCAACCCGCGAUCGAUGCGUUUGGCGUGAUGAAACAAGUGGGGAUUUCUCGGGGAUAUCAAUCGGAAUAUCUGCAAUCCAGCAUUCUUUUUGUGGGUUUAGAUAGGUGCGUGGGAGCGGAGAAAAGAAAAAAGAAAAAAAAGGAGAUUUGCGCGAGUGUAAGUAGUGCGAGAUUGUAUGGGGAAGUAGGCGCGAGAUGGAGAGGGGGGGAGGGGGGGGCACGUAAGGUGGAGAGUCUCGCAAAAGACGUAGAGAAAGAGAGAGAGAGAGGAGGUGAUUGGUGCGAAAAA